AUGAUCAGAUUUCCGCUGCCAUACCAAGUCGGCGAGGCUUUUCGUCCAGGCAAUGCGGACGAGAAGCUUCGAUGUGAAGCUGGGGCUUAUGUAUGGCUUCAGGAAAACUGUCCAGCUCUUCGCAUCCCAUUUCUCUACGGGUUCGGGCUAUCCACGGGUCAAAGAUUUACCGCUCUCGAAAACCUUCCUCUUGCCAGCCGCUGCUUAGGAUAUCUCCUACGUCGACUUCCAAAAUGGCUUGGAUACUCGUGGUUAUCUCGAUACGUCCGCCACCAAGGUCCUGACGAGGUCCUAGGAGGACUGAGAACCGGUUACCUUCUACUUGAUAAUUUGAUCUUCAGGAUUGACGACGACGGGUCCUUAACCCUGCAGAACAGGCCCCUCUCACUCGAGAUUCAAGAUUUGGAGAACGAGGAGAUCCCCGUAGACAUGCCACGGGAUUUUACUUAUUCCACGGUUGACUCUUACGUUGCUGAUAUCCUCGCUUUCCAUGAUGGUCGCUUACGACAUCAGCCCAAUGCGAUCAUGGACGAUGAGGACGGCUUAUACCAGAUGGCGGCCUUGGCAAUCAUGAAAUCACUUUCUUCUCAAUUCUUCCGACUUGACCUACGUCGGGGCCCGUUGGUGUUCUGUCUCGCCGAUCUCCAUCAGAGCAAUAUCUUUGUUGACGAUAAUUGGAACAUUAAAUGCCUGGUUGACCUGGAGUGGGCCUGUUCUCGUCCCAUCGAGAUGGUACAUCCUCCUUACUGGUUGACAAGCCAAUCUGUGGAUGAUAUCAAUCUUGAUCAGUACACAGAGCUCCAUAAAGAAUUCAUGGAUGCUUUUCAAGAAGAAGAAAGGACUCUUGAUUUGAAGGACAGCCCACCAUAG